UUCACAUUAGCCAUGCAUAAAUGCUGAUGAGAAGAAGGUAGAGAAGCUCAUCUAGAGAAAACUACUUCACUGGGAGGUUCUCAGCCUGGACACGAAGAUGUUGGCUCACGUCUUGCUUCUCUGUGGUCUGAGCGCUGUUGUGAUCCCACAGAAUGUCACAUACCAAGCCCAAAUGUUUCUGGCAGAGUUCAAUGUGAGGGCAGAAAACAUCAACUAUGAAAACUCUCUUGCCUCAUGGAUCUACAACACCAACAUUACUGAGGAGACGGCCACGAAGAUGAACGAGGCGGGUGCCAAGUGGUCCUCAUUUUAUGAGGAGGCCUCCAGGAAUGCCAGCAGCUUCCCGCUGUCCAGCAUUCAGGAUCCUCUCAUCAGGCUCCAGAUCCAGUCUCUCCAGGAUAGGGGAUCCUCCGUGUUGUCACCGGAAAAAUACAGCAGGCUGAGCACCGUGCUAAAUACAAUGAGUACCAUCUACAGCACUGGGACUGUCUGCAAAACCACCGAACCAUUCGACUGCAUGGUGCUGGAGCCAGGUCUGGAUUCCAUUAUGGCCAACAGCAAAGAUUAUCAUGAGAGACUGUGGGCAUGGGAGGGCUGGAGAGCUGAUGUUGGCAAGAUGAUGAGACCGUUAUAUGAAGAGUAUGUUGAACUUAAAAAUGAAGCUGCAAAGCUUAAUAGUUAUGCUGACUAUGGAGACUACUGGAGGGCAAAUUAUGAAGCAGAUUACCCAGAAGAGUAUAAAUACAGCCGUGACCAGCUUGUUCAAGAUGUGGAGAAGACAUUUGAGCAGAUAAAACCUUUGUACCAGCAGCUACAUGCCUACGUAAGGCACCGGCUGGAGCAGGCCUACGGCUCCCAGUUCAUCAGCUCCACGGGAUGCCUCCCCGCUCAUUUGCUGGGUGAUAUGUGGGGUAGAUUUUGGACAAAUCUGUAUUCCUUGACCGUUCCCUAUCCAGCGAAACCAAACAUUGAUGUAACUGAUGCAAUGGUUCAAAAGAACUGGGAUGCAAUGAAAAUAUUCAAAGCUGCUGAGGCCUUCUUCAGCUCCAUUGGCCUCUACAACAUGACUGAGGGCUUCUGGAAAAACUCCAUGCUCACAGAGCCGACCGACAACAGGAAAGUUGUCUGCCAUCCUACGGCAUGGGAUAUGGGCAAAAAUGACUACAGGAUCAAGAUGUGUACCAAAGUGACCAUGGAUGACUUCCUGACAGCGCACCACGAGAUGGGCCACAUCGAGUACGACAUGGCAUACUCUACACAGCCCUUCCUGCUGCGGGACGGCGCCAAUGAGGGCUUCCAUGAAGCUGUUGGUGAAAUUAUGUCACUUUCUGCAGCUACGCCAGAGCACCUGAAAUCUCUCAACCUCCUAGAGCCAACUUUCCAAGAGGAUGAAGAAACUGAAAUCAACUUUCUGCUCAAACAAGCGCUAACGAUAGUUGGAACAAUGCCUUUUACUUACAUGCUGGAGAAGUGGAGGUGGAUGGUUUUUAGGGGCGAGAUUACAAAGCAGGAAUGGAUGAAGCGGUGGUGGGAGAUGAAGAGAGACAUAGUUGGUGUUGUCGAACCAGUCCCUCAUGAUGAGACGUACUGCGACCCUGCUGCACUGUUCCACGUGGCCAAUGAUUACUCAUUCAUAAGGUAUUACACCCGGACCAUUUACCAGUUCCAGUUCCACGAGGCGCUUUGCAAAGCGGCCAACCAUAACGGCCCUCUUCACACAUGUGACAUCACCAAUUCCACAGCAGCUGGUGAGAAACUGAGAGGAUUGCUUGAAUUAGGCAGAUCUAAGCCCUGGACUCAAGCACUGGAAAACUUAACAGGAGAGAAAUACAUGAAUGCAAUGCCCCUACUCCAUUACUUCGAACCUUUAUUUAACUGGCUGCAAAAAAACAAUUCUGGCAGAUACAUUGGCUGGAAUACAGACUGGACUCCAUAUUCUGAAAACGCCAUCAAAGUACGCAUCAGCCUGAAAGCAGCACUGGGGGACGAGGCGUAUGAGUGGGAUAAAAGUGAGCUGUUCUUGUUCAAGUCAUCCAUCGCCUAUGCCAUGAGGAAAUACUUCGCAGAGGUGAAGCUACAGGAUGUUGAAUUCCAGGCUACAGACAUUCAUGUUGGGGAAGAGACGCAAAGGGUCUCCUUCUACAUUACUGUCAGCAUGCCAGGUAAUGUCAGCAAUACUGUGCCCAAAGCUGAUGUGGAAAAUGCCAUCAGGAUGUCUCGGGGACGAAUCAGUGAGGCUUUCAGGCUGGAUGAUAACACACUGGAGUUUGUGGGCAUCCUUCCAACCCUGGCCGCACCUUAUGAACCACCAGUCACCGUCUGGUUAAUUAUAUUUGGAGUGGUCAUUAGCCUGGUUGUCAUUGGAGUUAUUGUCUUGAUCAUCACCGGGCAGAGAGAUCGGAAAAAGAAAGCGAAAGGAAGAGAAAGAGAAGCAGAAUCAAACUGUGAAGUGAACCCUUAUGAUGAUGAUGGAAAAAGCAACAACGGAUUUGAGUUAUCUGAAGAGACACAAACAUCAUUUUAGAUGACAUGGGACAAAAAGAGUUUCUGUUUUUCAUUUGGUUGCUUUGGUUGGUGUCUUUUUUUUCACUUGUAGCAGUAAUGCCUAGCAAGGACCAAAAUGCUAUGGAUGUCAUCAGACACCAUGACUUCUGGUAGACCAUGAAUCUACUGGUUCCUUGACAACAGUAACUAAUUUUGCCAUUUAUGUGGUAACUAAAAAACAUGCAAAAAUGCAAGAUGUGUAUGUCCUGUGGCUUUUAUACAAAUUAAGUGCAUCAUAUUACAUACUAUCUCUGCUGUUUUCAUAGGUGUGCUGCAUCCAAUUUGUCUUUGUUUCCUCUGUAAAGAGAUAUAACCUCUUGGAAGUAUCGAGCUGUGUGCAGAUCCAGGCAGACAAGAAUAACUCAUAUACUUCUGAUGCCCAUAAGAAACAUCCUGAUCUUUCCAGAUGGAGAGUUCAAAAGUCUAUCUGAUAGACAAUGAGAAAAAACAACUGUCCACCACGAGAAUCUUUGUGAUGAAGUACUCAAUUUGAUAUGAAAUUAAUGCAAUUUUUGCACCUACAGGAAAUCUGUAUCAUUGUAAAAUGGUUACAGAAUGAAGACUAACAAGCACUGGAACUUAGGAAGCUGUAACAUAAGUUAUUUUUCUAACUGGUUGAUGGAUAUGUAUUGUAGAGACCAAAUAGCCCAUGACCCCUCAAAAAUAAUAAAAGAGAAA